AUGAAGAAAACACAGAAUGCUCCGGCAAACAAGUUGGCCGAGCCAUAUGAGGAUGUGGGGAGAUACCGUAGGUUGGUGGGGAAGUUGGUCUAUCUUACUAUCACAAGACGGGAUCUUUGCUAUGCGGUGAAUCAAGUUAGCCAACAUAUGAAAGCACCAACAAACUUCGAUUGGAACACGGUAGAGAGGAUUCUUUGUUAUCUCAAGGGUAGUCCGGGGCGAGGCAUUUGGAUGGGAAAUAACAACAAUACUGAACUUGUUGGUUACUGCGACGCGGACUACGCUGGUGAUACAAUGGAUAGGAGGUCCACGACAGGGUAUUGCACAUUUGUUGGAGGCAAUCUAGUAACCUGGAAGUCGAAGAAACAGAAAGUUAUAUCUCAAUCAAGUGCCGAGUCGGAAUAUAGGGCUAUGAAAAAGCUAACCAACGAGCUCACAUGGCUCAAAGGCCUCCUCAAGGAUCUUGGAGUGGAGCCUGAUCAACCAAUCACUAUGCAUUGUGACAACAAGGCAGCAAUACACAUAGCAACCAACUCCGUCUUCCAUGAAAGGACAAAGCAUAUUGAGGUAGAUUGCCAUAAAGUGCGAGAAAAGAUUGAAGAAGGUGUAGUCUUACCGUGUUACACUCCAAGCAAAGAUCAAUUGGCGGACAUCUUCACCAAAGCCACAAGUCCUCAGAUUUGCGAAUACAUUUCCAGCAAGCUUGUACUAGUAGACCCUACUCAUCCGUGA